GUGGGGCAGGUGCCAUAGGUUGCAUUAUACUUCAGAGCCCUUCUUCAGAACAUACAGUUGGGGUAAAGUACUCAGAGAGAGAUAGGAUCCAUGGAUAAUCAGUAACAGCUUACACAGAGGAGACUGAAUGAGAAGGAAGACUCAACAGCUAUAUUGACAAUUUCUGAGACCAGUGAAAUUUACAAGAAGCCGCUAUGAAGCUGAAGUUGCCAAACCCAGGACUGGAUAACCGGAUCCCCUCUCAUGAGGACCUGGAGAGGAUGGAGAAGGAGGAGGCAGGUGACCGGCCCAAAUGGGACAACAAAGCCCAGUAUCUGCUCACCUGUGUGGGCUUCUGCGUGGGACUUGGCAACGUCUGGAGGUUCCCUUACCUGUGUCAAAGCCAUGGAGGAGGAGCGUUUAUGAUCCCAUUCCUGAUCCUGCUGGUCCUGGAGGGAAUCCCACUGCUGCACCUGGAGUUUGCCAUCGGUCAGCGUCUGAGGAAGGGCAGUGUGGGAGUGUGGAGAUCAAUCAAUCCAUGCUUAACUGGAGUCGGCAUCGCGUCCUUGCUUGUCUCAUUUUUUGUGGGUGUGUACUACAACACCAUCAUGGCCUGGAUCAUGUGGUAUCUCUACAACUCUUUUCAAGAUCCUCUGCCUUGGAGCCAAUGUCCUCUCAAUGCUAACAGGACAGGUGUGGUGGAGGAGUGUGCUCGGAGCAGCAGCGUUGACUACUUUUGGUACAGAGAAACUUUGAACACUUCAACAGCUAUUGACGAGGCUGGAGGUCUACAGUGGUGGAUGGUGCUAGCCCUGGUGUCUGCCUGGACUAUACUGUAUGUCUGCUGCAUCCGGGGCAUCGAGACCACUGGAAAGGCUGUGUACAUCACGUCCACUCUGCCAUACUUGGUCCUCACAAUCUUCCUUAUCAGAGGACUGACUCUGAAGGGAUCGGUAGAGGGAAUCAAGUUCCUCUUCACACCAGAUGUAAACGAAUUAAUGAAUCCAGCGACCUGGUUGGACGCAGGUGCUCAAGUUUUCUACUCCUUCUCUGUAGCCUUUGGAGGGCUCAUCUCAUUCUCCAGUUACAACUCUAUUCACAACAACUGUGAGCAGGAUGCCGUUCUCAUCUCCAUCAUCAAUGGCUGCACCUCAGUGUACUCUGCCACGGUUAUCUACUCCAUCAUCGGCUUCAGGGCCACGCAAAAAUAUGACGACUGCACAGCAGACAACAUCUUGAAGCUGAUAAAUGCCUACAACUAUCCUGAAAACAGCAUCACAGAAAGCAACUAUAAUGAUGUUCUGAUCCACCUCAACCAGACAACUCCAGAUAUCAUUCAAGGAUUACAACUACAGACCUGUGACAUGCAAGCUUACCUCAGUCAGGGCGUGGAGGGAACAGGACUAGCCUUCAUCGUGUUCACAGAGGCCAUCAUCAAAAUGCCUGUUUCUCCUAUGUGGGCUGUCCUCUUCUUCAUCAUGCUCUUCUGCCUCGGCCUCUCGACUAUGUUUGGGAGCAUAGAGGGAGUGGUGGUUCCUUUGCAGGACCUCAAAUUGCUGCCUCAAACUUGGCCCAAAGAAGUGUUCUGUGGUCUGACUUGCGUAAUCUCUUUCGCUCUUGGGCUGAUCUUUACCCUGCGCUCUGGAAACUACUGGCUAGCUCUUUUUGACAACUUUGCUGGCUCUAUCCCCCUUCUGGUCAUCGGAUUUUGUGAAAUGAUCGCUGUUAUAUACGUCUAUGGCAUAGACAGGUUUAACAAGGACAUUGAGUUUAUGAUCGGCCACAAGCCCAAUAUUUUCUGGCAGGUGACAUGGAGGUUUGUCAGUCCACUCAUUAUGGUCAUCAUCUUGGUUUUCUACUUUGUAACCCAAAUCACCAAGAAUCUCACUUAUUUGGUGUGGGACGAGGAGGCGGCGAACUUCCCCACCCUGGAACCACGUCCGUUUCCUUCCUGGAUCUAUGUCAUCAUCUUCAUCCUGGCUGGAGUUCCCAGUUUAGCCAUCCCAGUGGUCGCCCUCUUCAAAUUCAUCCAGAGGAAAUGCUGCAAGCAGAAAGACUACAGUGACAACACAGUGGACACUAUCUCUGCCAAAAUACAAAUGAAUGACAAAAUGAAGUUUUAGAUAGCUUUAACUUAUAUUUAAUAACAAAGUAUUUAAUAAAAUAUGGAUAUGAAAUAAAAAUAUGGACUUAAUAUGGCUUUUUUUUUCUUCCUCAUGCCUUGUACAAUGACAGAAGAUUAGUAACUACUGACUUUUAUCUGUGAAAAGUAUUUUCUGUAAAAUAAUGUCAUUUCGAGAGUAAUUGUUGUUUGCUUUGCUUGCUGUACUAUUGUGAUAGGAGUUUCUUGCUGUGCCGUGUUUGACGUGUGUGUGUGUGUGUGUGUGUGUUGUAAGGGUUGCCAACCGUCCCGUAUACAGGAUCGUCCUGUUUAAAAACAAAAGCAAUGACCCUUACUGAAGCAAUACGGGGACGUGAUUUGUCCCGUAUUUUCGUGCACACCCUACUCUAACGCUUACGCUACGUUUGCACAUGCUUGAAAUGACAUGAUAAAUAAUAAAACUAAAAAGAGUUUCACAAGACAUAGUGGAGAAGUAUUUAACCCCGUAUUCACGGAAGAGACUGACAGGUAUGUCACUCAAUGUCAUCACUGCCCUGGUUACAGAGAUUCAGAAAGAGGAUUUUAGCGAAGCUAACUGGCUGUUGGCUGUAACUACAUAUUUUGCACAAAUAUAUGAGAGUGGUAUCAAACUUGUGUAACUCUGUUUCCAAAAAAGGUGUUACUAUUCUUUUACAGUAGUAUUGUAAGUUGACAAAAGUGCAUGUGUCCAAGUAAACAAAAAUAAUGUUUAUUUUUAAUAUUUUGUAAAUAACAACACAAGCUUAAUUCUUGUUAAGACUUUGUAAGCAUGUCUUUUUGAAUAAAUGCAUGGCAUCAAGUCCCUUUUACACCAUUUUGUGUUAUUUGAGAUAUUUGGCGUAUUGUGUGGCCUACACAAUCGUAAAGUGUUUUAUGCGUGGGUAUAUUACAGCACUGCACUUACACUGCCAUAAAUGGUCAGUUUAUGAUCUGUUAAAAAUCCUCUCUCCAGUUCAGAUUUAAGAGCAAAAUGAAGUGGUUACUAUUCGCAGAAAUGUAUGCUAUGAAAAUAAAUCAUGCGGAAUAUCAUGAGGUCACAAGGGCUUUUCAGGAUUUGGCCUGGCAACAGUUGCAAAGAGGCACACAUUUGGAUUUGUUAAAAGAACCAAUACAAUCUCUGGUGUAAUAAUGUCCUGUCUUAACCCUGAAAAUGAUUUUUGAAUAAAAUAAAAUAAAAUACUUGAAUAACAAAUUACCAAAGCAAUUGGGCAUGAUCCUUUCUCACCUGUUAGACAAAGGAGGCCAUCCACCAUGUGAUCAAGCUUAAUAAUUACUUUUUUGUGUUGUCUACUUUUUUGCAGACUGGCAUGAAAUUUUGUAUAUUUGACACAUACGUAUUAUUUGAAUGACUGACUGGUUAUUCAAACUGUACAGGAGACAACAGUAC